AAACGAUUUUCAUCAAGAAAACAAAGCCUUUCUGCUUCAAUACAUCACUUCCUCGGUAACGGUAAUGCAAGGCUGGUUUGUGUAUGUGCGGUAUGCGAGUGUGUACACAUACCGUUUAGCAGUGGUUACAUGGUUGAGCUGAGGAGGCGGUGAGCAGGAAGCAGCAGAGAGCGGAGAUGGGCAUGAGAAUCAAGCUGCAGGGGGCGGAGCACCCCACCAACCUGCUGAAAGAGCUCAACCAGUGCCGCCUGUCCGAGUCCAUGUGCGAUGUGCUCCUGCUGGUGGGCAACCGGACCUUCGCUGCCCACAAGGCUGUGCUGGCCUGCGCCGCGGGCUACUUCCAGAACCUGUUCACCACCGCCGGCUCGGACAGCGCCCGCACCUACAUGGUGGACUUUGUCGCGCCCGCCAACUUCGAGAAGAUCCUCAAUUUCAUCUACACCGCGGAGCUCUUCACCGACCUCAUAAACGUGGGGGUCAUAUACGACGUGGCCGAGCGUUUGGGGGUCAGGGAGCUCAUCAAGGCCUGCCACGCCACGUUCCCCGACCUGGAUGCGGCUGCUUCUAACAAGCACCCCGCAGAUGCCACGCGACCGUCCUGCAAUCGUUCGCCGCCACCCUGCAGCGGAGACCCCAGCCAGGCUGGUGAGGGGGAGAGUGGCAGGAACGGGAAUAUCACACCCGCUGCGGCUGGGGCUACUGUCUUGCUGCCUUUAGCUUCUGCUGUGGUUCAGGCUGAAGAGACGAGGAACCCGCCAGUGGAAAAGGCUAGCUCCAGUGUGCUCCCACUGGUAACCACCAAAGCAGAGGAUCAGGAUUCCUUGAUGGAGUACAGCCAAGCGGCCAAUUCUGUGAGUUCGCAGAAGCAGCAAUCUCCCUCUGCCUUAUCUGUAAACCUGGUGGACAGCCAGCCGCUGCAGCAGAAAGCUACCACCGCAAACCACAACCUGAAAGUACCUCCUUCCCACACCCUCAACCCCACACCGCAGCCGUUCAAGACGGAAGAGGAGAGCCAAGACGAGCUGGGAUUCUUCGCGCCCGAUGCGUACGUCGCUGACGAUGCCACCUCAAACAGCAACACCUGCCUAAGCGGGGAGAACUGCAAGGAACGGCUGUCCGCCGGCAACCAGCAAAUGGACGCCGUCCACUUUGAAAGCUGUUACGAUGACGGGGACCUCUACUUUGACGAUAGCGCGGAGGAUCAGAUGGGCCCACCCGGGGAGGUGAUAGAGCUGAGUGACGACGAAGACGACAGCGAGGAUGAUCUGGUCUACAUUGAGAACGGAGGCCCCGGGGCACGCCAGGGCAAGACCACGCCCUGCAAGGUGUGCGGAAUGGUUCUGGAGCCCAACAUCAACGUGAUCCGAGACCACGGGGAGACGCACCUGGAUGAGUCCGGAGCCUGCAGGGUCUGCAGCGCCAAAUUCCCUGACCGCAACUCCCGGCUGACCCACGUGCUCUCCCAUAUCGGGAUCCUGCUGUUCUCCUGCGACAUGUGCGAGGAGAAGUUCUGCACACAGUGGCAGCUGGCCCUGCACCGCCGGAGCAAUUCCGUCGAGACCAACAUCAUCGUCCAGCCCAACGCCUCCAUCUCUGGGGACCUCAUCGCGGCCAACGGCGGACCAGUCAAGGAAAUCCAGUGCGGAGCCUGCGCGAAAGCCGUGAGCAAGGACUUUCAGGUGGUCCGAGAACACAUCCUGGAGCACCUGAAUGUGAAGACGCUGAGCUGCCGUGUCUGUGAGCGCCCCCAGCAGUCCCUCUGCGGCCUCAUGUGGCACUCCCUGAGCCACGUGGGGCUUUCCAUCUUCUCCUGCGACGUCUGCGCCUGCAGCUUCGUGGACAAGGACCUCCUGGAGAAACACCUGGCACUCCACAGGGGGCGAGAGGAAGGCCGGCCCCUCCUCAAAUGCUUCCUCUGCCCUCAAGGCUUCCUCUCCCACUCGGCUUACCAGUACCACCUCAGCUUGCACAGCAAGGAGCUGGGCCCGGAUGGCUACCAAAAAAUGGCGGAGCUCAACCUCAUGCAGAGUCGGAAGAGGAAAGCGGACCAGCUCCUAGACUCUUCUUCGUGUUCCUCCUCCCCGCUGGAGAGCUCCACGGCUUCCCUCGUCCUCCCUCUGCAGGACAGCCUAGGGGCGGGGGCCAUGAGGACCAAGUGGUACCGCUGCAAGUUUUGUGGCAAGCGCUUCGCCCAUUCGGGGGAAUUCACCUACCACCUCCGGAUUCACACCGGGGAGAAACCUUUCCAGUGCAAGAUCUGCUCAAGGUUCUUCCGGGGGCGGUCGACCAUGAUCUGUCACCUCAAGACCCACUCGGGGGCCCUCAUGUACCGCUGCACGAUCUGCGGACACUACUUCUCCACCCUCAAACUGGUGACCACUCACAUGGAGCUGCACAAGGACGUCCUCCCCCCCGAUUUCAACAUCGAGCAGACCUUCAUGUACAGCGACCACACGAAAGAGCCCCUGCCUUGUCCGGACAGUUCGUUUUAGUGCUGUCCUUGAGGGGUGUGCUGAGACUCUGACUCGGAGUUGCCUUUAAGAAGGAUUUUAUCAGCAGGUAUUAAAUAAAUCAGUUUGUCAACGUGUUGAUUUCAAAACGAGAACAGGUAUCCUUCCCUCACCUUUACAAUCGAGUACCAAUCAGUGACGAUUACCGUCCGCAUUGAGUGUUUUAAAAGCCGGUUGGAAGCAGUACAAAUGCCAGCGCCCCGGAUGAAAGGGACAUGCUCUUCCAGUCAGAGUAUCAGCACACCCCUAGUUAUCUUUUUGUGUUUUUUUUUUUUUUGCUUUUCUGGGUAAUGCUUUAUUUUAAGUGUUAAUUAGUUAAGCAGUUAGUCAGUGUACUACAGGAUUGUUAUAAAGUCUUUUAGGGGCUAGACCGCAGUCGAGUGAAGGUGUGGCAGUAGUAUUGGGCUUGGAGCAGGGAAGUUCAAUAGGUAGCUCUCCAAGUUGAAUCAGUUUUGGUCCGGCGCUAUUUACUGUAUUAACCCAUUAAGUUGAAUUGAGCCCAACCCUGAUUGUCUGAGUGAAAUAAUAUGGACAUUUUACACCUCUGGUUUCAGUUUUCUAGACCGCAACAAAAGCUUUUGUAUUGUCAACCACUGCUGUUUAUCAAAGAUACCCACCUUGUAUUUAACCGCAGAGUAAUUGCAAAAUGAAAGCAGCUAGGUGUGAUUGAAAGCAUUUUUAAAAAAAGAAAGACAUGUAACAAAUUUAAAGGGUUAUAAGAAGUAUUUUUAUUCAGACUUUGUGUCUUUUUGACAUUCAGGGUAUUUUCCCACCCUUUUAAUUAGAAAAAUAUUCACAUUAUUUUUGGCACUUCAGUUGGUUUUGGUAUAGUUAGUUUGAAUAUUUUAAAACGUGUUUGACUCCUGAUAAAAGGGACAGUUUUUUAUAUAUACAGUUGUAGUCUAAAGUUUACAUACCCC